AUGAGGAAAAGGCCAGGGAAAGGUCCAACAUGCCACACAGAGGAAAGUCUGUGUCACUGUUUGGAGCAUGGAGAGAGUUCCAGAAGGAGGCCAGAAGAUCCAGCAUUUCCCACAGGAGAGAAACCUUAUGAAGACUCACGGUCUGAAAAAUGCCUCAGUUUUAGCUCAGCUCUUCAAGUCACUCAGCCAGUGCACUCAGAAGGAAAAUUGCAUAAGUGUGAAGAAUGUGGCAAGAGCUUCAAGGGAAGGGAGAAACCCUAUCAAUGUAAAAUAUGUGGGAAACAGUUCAGGUCCUGUUCAUGCCUCAGUGUACAUCAACGAAUUCACUCAGGGGCAAAACCUUAUACAUGCAAAGAAUGUGGGAAAUGUUUCAGUGAUCCAUCAGCUUUCAAAGUACAUCAGCGCCGUCAUUCAGGGGAGAAACUCUAUUGUUGUGAAGAAUGUGGGAAAAGCUUCAACCAGAGGAAAAAUCUUAGAGCACAUCAGAGAAUUCAUACAGGAAAGAAGCCCUAUCAGUGUGAAGAAUGUGGGAAAUUGUUCUCCCGAUACUCUUACCUCACAGUACACCAACAAAGUCACUCCAGAGAAAAACCGUAUGCAUGCGAUGAAUGUGGGAAAUGUUUCAACCGUCUCUGCAAUUUAACCAUACAUCUGUGUUCACAUUCACGGUAG